GUUUUUUGACAACUCCGUUCAGUCCAUCAUGGCUGGUGAUAGCGAUGGUCUCGUUGGUCAUUAUUUGAGUAUAUUUUCAAUUCCCGUUUUAACAUGUACUUUAUUCACGAUUUGACAACAAUUACAUCCAAAACUGCACCAUGUCCAAGCAUAAAAAAUCCGGAAAAAAGCAUACUUCCAGCAAUUUAGCAGAUGUUACAAUCAACGACUUCGCCAACUCUUCAGUGUGCAAAAACCGUAUAAAAAAAUCCACCGCAAACGUAAAUAAAGUACUACAAAAACAACUAGAAGACGACAAAAACUGGGACGAAAAAACCGACGAUUUCGAAGGUAAUUUCGUCGAACAAGAAAACGAAGAUGGGACCAUUUCAUACGUUAUCCAAAAAACUGAACCACGACGAAGAAAAAAAACAGUUUCAAGCAGCGAAGACCGAAAAUAUGAAAACACUGGAAACGAAUAUCCCAUAGACAUUUGGUUCCUAAUUUCGGAAUACAUUCGACCUGAAGAUGUCGGACGAUUUGCUGGAAUUUGCAAAGCAUCGUACGAAGUCGUUUCCACAGCAAAGUUUUGGUUCUCCAUGUAUAAACGGUACUACAAAAACGUGCCAAAUCUACCGGAACGACUUCACCCCGAAUGUUUGUUCCGGAAGUAUGGCAUACGAACGUCUGUAAUAAGGGCCCUAAAUUUCAUGUACAAACCAUUUAUCUCACGCUUGAAGUCUCUAGAAAGACUAGAGCAACAUCCAGACACUUUGAAAAAAAGUCAAUGCGUUUUAAUGUGGCAUAAGAAAACUGAAAACCAGUGCCUGUACUUUUUCAAAAUGAAGGUUAACGUCCACCACCACAGGACACAGAAACCUGGUCAUAGACCAGACCUUCUGGAGAUGUUGGACGAUGUGUUUGCAAAUCAAGACGAAAGUUGCCGCAUUUUACAAGUCACUUGCAAACACCUUAUUCCAAUAGCUCCAGUGUUAGGUUUAACCCUAACUUCAGCGCAGUUAAAUCUAUCUUCUGAACUAAGAUCGUAUAAAUUACAGUUGUGGUUCGGUUCUGAGAUACAGAGUUGUAAACCACUGUCAACAGGUGGUAAUACACUUAUUAUCCUGGAACCUGUGAUCAAUGUUCGAGUGCUGGACUGGUGGCACCCUCUUUAUCCACACAGCCAUAAUUUGGAGUAUUUGUGCAACCAGGAAUAGGGUCACGUUCGUUUACAUGGAUAAUCAAAGCUAAACAAACCCCUCUACCAAAACCCCCGUUUCAAUAGCUACGUGUUUAGAUGGUGAACAGUUUGAAUUUCUCAACUGUAAUAUUUCCGAUGUAUUUAUUUUUACGAAUAAAUUUUUUAUUUCGUUUCUAA